AUGGACUGGGGAAUUGAUAUUGAUGCCAGCCGAGAUGUGUACGAAGAGUUCAUUGAUAUUGAUGGACCGAUGGACGACGCGGAGGUCUUAGAUGUACCACAGAUCGAAAAAAACAAGGAGGAUUGCCCUACAACAGUUCAUAUCCUAGAAUGGUUCACAUCAAACACAUGCGACAAUAUUAAUGACCCAUCACUUGCAUUGCGUACAGGACAUCUUAAAAGUUGGCAUAAAGGUGACCACCCGGCAACGGGGAUGCUAUUCAAGAAUAAAGCCUCUGUUCAAUAUGUGUUGACUCUCUACUCUAUAGAGCAUAAUAAGCAAAACAAGGUCAUCAAGUCUAACACCAAUAGGCUGGUAGCGACUGAUGGGCAGAUGAUGGAUUCAAAGUUCAUCUCAAUUGCACUUGAGAAGUAUGUAUGGGAGGACCUAACCCGAAAGGCAGUUGCGUGUAUUUACGAGGAUUUUGACGAGUCAUAUGUAGAAUUGCCAAGGUUUCUAACUGCAUUGUCCGAUGUAGAUCCGAACACUGUGACCACAUUAAAGUGUGACCCCCAUGUCCCGGGGACUUGUAUAUUCAACUCCAUGUUUUGGGCUUUCGGUCCGUGUAUUAAAGGGUUCAGGCAUUGCAAGCCGGUGAUAAGCAUAGAUGCAACGCACCUCUAUGGAAAAUACAAAGGAAAGCUGUUGAUAGCAAUAACAACAGAUGGUAACAACGAGGUUUAUCCACUCGCAUUUGCCGUUAUUGAAAGCGAGAGCACGGAGACAUGGGGAUGGUUCUUGGCAUGCCUGUUAACCUAUGUUACAGACCGGACCAAUUUGUGUAUAAUAUCCGACAGACAUCGUGGGAUACAAUCAUGCUUCGAUGACACCACUAAGGGCUACUUGCAACUGCCCUUAACCCAUCACCGGUAUUGCCUCCGCCAUUUAGUAAGCAAUGUUAACACUAACUUCAAUAGUGUGCCGUUGAAGAACUUGGUACAGAAGGCAGCAACUGCAAAUCAAGUUAGGAAGUUUGAAAACACCAUGGAUUGCAUCAAGAAUGUCAACCCGGAUGCGUACGACUAUCUUAAGGAGGUACAUCAAGAAAAGUGGACACUUGUACAUGACCAUGGGCACCGAUAUGGGGCAAUGACAAUGAACCUGUCAGAGUGCUUCAAUGGGGUACUUAAGGGCGCCCGUAGCUUGCCCAUAACUGCAAUGGUGAAGUUCACAUUUUACAAGGUGAACUCAUACUUUGACGAACGUCGAAACAAAACCCUAGAGCAGUUGGAAGAGGGGGGAGAUCACAUCCAUAGGGUUUCCCUCAUGGACAUGACAUGCACGUGCGGCAAAUGGGAAGCAAACAAGAUCCCAUGUUCCCACUUGAUAGCAAUUUGUGCCAAACACAACCAUGAUGCCACUGAGUAUAUGGAUAAUUUCUACCACGUGGAAGAAUGGUAUCACAGCUAUGAGCCGAUAUUCCAACCACUGAAAGAUAGGUUAGAAUGGCUGGAGCCAACAGAAAGGAGAAUUGUGAUGCCAAACCCACGGUUGAUCUAUGAGUAA